UUUAGGUCAAACCAAACAACCCCUAAAUCCUCCUACAGCUCGCGGUUAGAGCGUAGAGUGGGAAGAUGAAGCUGAGAGUGUUCGCAGAUCGGAUGUCGCAGCCGUCACGCGCUGUCUUAAUCUUCUGCAAGCUAAAUGGUAUCGAUUUCGAGGAGGUGAGAAUAGAUAUCAGUAAGGGAGAUCAUCGGUCGAAGGAGUACAAAGAAAUAAAUCCUAUGGGACAGGUUCCUGCAAUUGUUGAUGGAAACUUUAAACUAUUUGAAAGUCAUGCCAUUCUGCGAUAUAUUGCUGGUGCAUUCCCUGGAGUUUCCGAUCACUGGUAUCCAAGUGAUGUUUUCAGCAGAGCUAAAAUCAACUCAAUUCUGGACUGGCAUCAUUCAAACCUACGACGUGGUUCAACCGCUCUUGUUCAAAGCACUAUACUAGGGCCUGCAUUGGGUCUUCCAUUGGAUAGUCAAGCUGCAAGUGAAGCUGAGAAAUUUGUGCUAUCAUCUCUUUCAAAAAUUGAAUCCAUUUGGCUUAAAGACGACGCAAGAUUCUUAUUGGGAAACCCCCAGCCAUCAAUUGCAGAUCUCAGUCUCGUUUGUGAAAUUAUGCAAUUUGAGGUUCUUCCUGACAAUGAUCGAGAGAGAAUUUUGGGACCUUUCCUGAAGAUAAUGCAAUGGAUUGAGAAUGUAAAGAUUGCUACUAAUCCUUAUUUUGAGGAAGCACACAAUAUUCUUUACAGAUUUAAGGCCAAGCAACGCAGCAAGCAGGUUUCUUUGGACAAACUCCCCUCAAAACUAUGAUGAAAUCAUCAUUUUCUUAGGAAGAUUUACAUACACACUACUCAAUUCCUAUUUAUUUGCAGAUUUAACUUCUAAACUUUAAUUUUUACAUGUAUUCUACCUUAUCUAUGCAUGGAAAGGCAUACUUUACUCUUUUAGAAGUUAAAAUGAUAGUAUUUUUAUGUGAUAUGAAAGAU